UGAAAUCAAGGCGCGCACUCGGAGAAAAUAUAGUUCCUUAGUUUUAAGCCUUUUGGAAGGAAAAUAAACCGAUGCUGAGGUUUCGGUGUGGCGGUAGUAUAGCUUCUACGGUUUUGGAGUCUAAAUUGGACUAAUCUGAAGUCCUUCACCAGUUUCAACUGGACUUUGUGCAUGAGGCGUAAAGUGAGUGAUGAGUCUUAUCCCUAGCAGAAGCAAGAACUUGCUUUGCAGACUGAGUAGUUGUUGUUUCAAUUGUUAUUGUCGGCUUUUUUUUAUUUCUUUUUGGGCCAACUUCGCCGCGAUCUUGUUGAAAGUGCAAGAAAAGUGCUUUACAACUCCAACCAUGGAAAUACAGAGUUUACAGGAGGCUUUGAAAGUUGAAAUUCAGUGCCAUCAGAAACUAGUUGCGCAGAUGAAGCAAGAUCCACAGAAUGGAGAGCUUAAGAAACAAAUCCACGAAAGGCAGUCAAGAAUUACAGCUCUUAGUGAAAAACAAAAGGUUGCAGUACGAAGUUGUCCUAUCGGGGGCACCUUACCUAUUCCACUCAUAAAGUCCCCGAGUCAGAGCAUAGCAAUUUCAGUGUUGCCAGCAAAGAAUCCUGUCACCAUGGUUACAGCACACAUAAAUGGACAGAAAACAGCAAGCACAGAUCCUCCGCAGACUGUCCCAAUCAACUUGCAGACAACAAAUAAACUGGUGGGAAGUGCUUUCAGCUCAGUGGGAAGAAGAGUACUCGAUGCUUCAAAUGCACAGGUACCCAGACAGGCUUUGGGAACAAUCACAGCAGUGCCCAUCAAAGUUCCUCAGGUCAGCUCCUUGCAGAGGUUGGCAGGACAGGUCUCUACCGUGCUACCUCAGGUUAGGCCAAAGACUUUGAUUCCAGACAGCCUCCCCGUUUCGCCUUGUAGAGAGCAGACUUCCAAGCAACCUCAGGCAUUCCAUAAAGCCACAGUUGUCAGCAUCAAAAACCCAAGCCCAGCACUUCCCAUCGCCAACAAUACUGCCAGCCAUGUGCAAAAAACAAGCAGCCCGUUACAGAGUGUUUUGGACUCUCCGUCUGGGUCUUCCUCACCACUUAGCAGUGCAGGAGUGGCCUACGCCAUCAUCUCCACUUCUCCAAGUGCUGCCACUUCUGUUAACACUAGCACAGUAUCUGUGGUAAAUGACAGUAUCAAAGUGCAACCUCUUCUCAUCAGUACUGACAGCAAGGUAAUAAUCAUUCAUCCUCAAGUACAGACUCUGCCAGAAAACAAAGAAGAAAUCAAGAAAUCAUCUGAAGAGCCAACUCAGGGAUUGUUUGUCACCAAAAAGAAAAAGGAGGAGAAUGCUGAGAAAGUUGCCUUUAUGGUAGCGCUUGGCUUGGUUACUACAGAACACUUAGAAGAAAUACAGAGCAAACGACAAGAAAGGAAAAGAAGAAGCACAGCUAAUCCAGCCUAUAGUGGUCUGUUUGAACCUGAGCAGAAGAAACGCCUCCCAUCAAAUUAUUUGAAUAAUCCCCUGUUUCUCACAGCAAGAGCCAAUGAGGAUCCCUCAUGGAAGGGUGAACUACUACAUGAUACUCAUUGUUCAGGCUGUAAGCAUGCAGGAGGCCGCCUUCAGCCUUGUGGGACAUGUUCUCGAGCCUAUCAUCAUGAAUGCCUAGAACCACCAAUGAAAAUUGCACAAAAAGGAGUUUGGGUGUGUCCAAAAUGCCAUCAUAAGGUACUAAAGAAAGAAGAAAACAUGCAGUGGCCAGGAACAGUGGAUGCAUCCCACACAUACAUUGCUCACAAGACAGUGAAAGAAGAAGAGAAGAGAAAGUUACUAACGAGAGGCAGUGAACUUAAACAUGACCACAGUCAGCUGAAGGAGAAAGAUCGGUUCCUUAGUAGUGCCAUAGUGAAAUGUCUUGAGCAGAAAAACAACUUGCUGGUACAGCAGAAAGGAAUACAGUCUUCUUUGGAACGUCUCAAACAUCUCAUUAGACUGAUACAGAGUGAACAAAUGAUUCAGGUUACCAUGACAACCACCACCACCUCCUCCCUGCUAAGCAUCCCUUGGAUCAAACCUUCAGCCACCUCUGCCACAGUACAAAAAGCCUUACAGCAGUCACAUGGAAACAAGUGACAAGAAUUGUGAAAAUGUGACUACAAAGUCAUAUAAAAGAACUUUUAUUGACAUUUGGGUACUGUGGAACUUAAGGAACUUACCAAUGGAGUUUGUAGGAAACUGUUGCGGCCAAAUGUGUUCCGUGAGCAGUUUGACCUGCAGUUUCUAUUGCUACCACCUUCAGUGCUUAUGAGAUUUUUUUAUGUUGGCCUUAAAUGUAUUUAUUAAUAAAAAUGAACAAAACUGGGUGAUAGAAGAGAAUAGUAUUCUUUAUGGAAGACAUUUGCAGUUCUGCAUAUAACAUAUCAAAAGAGAAGGACUAGUGAGCUAGUAGCAGUAGCUGGUAAAAAAAGGUUAUUUAAUAGCAAAUUCAAAAUUACAAAGAUGCAUUUAGGACUAUAUACAAAUACAUUCACUUAGAAACAUAUAAGAUAACUCUUUUAACAAUGUCUGCCAUAUCUGCUCAGAUUAAAUGGGAGGGGAAUAUAUGGUUUUGUGGUGUAGGUCUCCUCAACAAAUAAAACAUGUUCAGUAUUAAUAUAGUUGAGAUCUGCAGAUAUUAAAUUACUUGUAUGAAGGUAGCAUUUGCAGUGGAAUACUGAAGUAUUUUCAUUCUGAUGCCUGUGUAUAUGCAUUUGAAAGUAUUUGAAGAGGUAUGACUGUAAAACUCAACUUAAUUUGCAAGACUUUUUACUUAUUUUGCUAUUAAUGUAUUUUUCUCAUGGAGUUUUUUGUGCAAGAUUAAGCAUAUACCAUAAUAGUGGAUAUUUUGGCAUUCUUUUAGAACAUUUUCAUUUUCUUGCCAGUACAGACAAUAUGCCAAAAAGACUUUCAAUUUUUGUACUACAUUUUUAUUGUAAAAUAUGUAAUGUGAAUAGCUGACUUUUUCCUUGCAGAAAUAUCUGCAACAUGGUACAGAUAAUGCCUCAAGUAAAGUUCCUCACUUUGAAUAUAUCAGAGUUCUGGGGACUUACAGAUACAAAGGAUUUGUGGAUUUUGGAGACUUCUUUCUUUGUGUAUUUGAUAAAGAUGUCUGGGCUAAUGUAAAAGUGAGAAGAUUCAAGAACACCUACUUGUUUUGCUGGUUAGUCUUCCUGAAAAAAGGGUCAGUCUGGCACCUUAGUAGGCCAUAGGACAUUGCUGUAAUCCUGAGGCCUACCCUGGUAGUUAGUGAUGGGCAACACAACUUUUCUGUUUUACAUUUUUUUUUGUUUAAUUAACUGUGCAGGUUGAGAUUUUGUUUCUCCCCAGACAAAUAAAAGUACUGACCGUAUAUAUGACAUAUCAUAGUGCCACGUGUCAUAAGAAGAAGAUAAUCAUCGCAACAGGUGCCCAUCACUACAAGGCAGCACACGGUCCCUUCAACUGUUUUCACAGCUCCGGGCAAAACUGUGCAGUAUACAGAUCUAUUUUAGUACACUUAAUGCUACGUUGAUCAAGAUUUUUAUAUUCUUUUAUUGAAGAACAGAACAAAGUAAAAAAAAACAAAAAAAAAAAACCCAGUUCAGUUACAUUGUUUAUUGAAUGCCAGUUAUCAUUCUGAUGUGGCUUGCAAUGUGAAUGUUUUCAGAUUCACUGUUUUUUUUUUAUUGGACAAGAAGAGAAGUUGGACAGAGAAUUAUGAAUAUGUUUUCUGAAGAAAUGUUAUGAGCUGUUAACAAUAGUGUCUGAAAAAAAGAGGACUGUCCAGUGGAUGGGGGUGUAUAGGAAACAAGUGUUUGUCUUAAAUAUGCCAAUGUAGUCUUACUUCUUUUUGAUGCAUUAAAAUGAAUUGAACUUU